CCCGUUUAUUAUCUAAUCGCCGUACAGCGCAAUAUCGCGCGAUAGUGCGCGUAUGCGUACCACGCGUACUUCCAACCUUUGCACCAUCGUAUGGGCUGAGUAAACAGGUUUCGCCGGUUCGCUCUUCUGUGGAUACAAUUGUUCAAUUCCCAGUUUAGUGUCCUGACCAGUCAUCAUGCGCAUGUGCUGCGAGUUCUGACAGUCAAUCCGCGUGUGUUCCAGCAUGCGUUUAGCAUAAACAUCGCAGUAGUCAUCAACAGCAGUGGGAACUUUUCGGUUGGCGCCUCCUUCGAUUUCAACAUCCUCAGCAACGAACCAACAUGUGGUGCUUCAUGGCUCUGGUCGCCCUGUUGUACGCGGCGUGCGAUGUGAAUUACUUCAUACGCGUGCUGUUCACCAUCCUACACGCGGUGCUAAUACCAUACAAGAUCAAGGUCACCGAUAAGCAUACAAUCUACGGCUUCUGUACCACGCAGGAUGUGGACUUCCUGCUGAAUCACAUGAACAAUGCUCGCUAUCUGCGUGAGCUCGACUUCUGCCGGUUCUACUGGUACGCCCGGACCCGGUUUUGGCCACUGUCGAACGCGAAAAAUCUGCUGCAGGGCGAGUGUAUGGUGCGAUACCGGCGCAUGCUGCCCAUCUUCCGACCGUACAAGGUGGAAACGCAGAUGGUGUGGUGGGACGAUAAGUCGAUCUACUUCGAGCACCGCUUCAUCACACUGCACGAUGGUUUCAUCCGGACGAUCGCCUAUUCCCGCCAGCGCUCCAUCGGAACACCGCUGCUGGAUUACAUCCGUCAGUUCCCCGAGUGUCACCAGCGGCCCGAGCAACCUCCGGUGCUGAAGGGGUGGAUCGCGGCCAACGAGGCGAGCAGCGAAAUGCUACGCAAGUAAAAGACGC